UGUGUUUCGAAAUUCUAGUUAUUUACUGUAUGUAAUUUAGCAUACUGGGGUUACAAAAGCUUUUUUUACUUAAAUAAGUUACGCACGGUUGUUGAUGUAGAUAAAAAAACGUAUAAUUUAUAUUUAUGUUUAUUUUUUGUUGUCAGAAUGUAUUUCAAAAAAGUGAAUGUGCGAUAUGCGAGUAAUAUAUUUUUACAAAUAAAAGAAUAAAGACUUUCCACAUUUUAAUAUCAUUUAUUUUCUCUGUUAGUCGUAUAAGACAAGACUCAAAGUGACCAUGAUCGAAAUAAUAUCACUCGACAUUUUGAAACGACCGGCGAAAAUAAUGGAUCUGUUCUUUAUAGCUGAACUGGCUGCACUAGUUCAGAGUUUAUCUUUUUCUCUCUAUAUUAGAAGGAGAAAGAUAAGCUCUGAACUAAUUCAGUGUUGCGGGAACCGUGGAGUGAGCUUGAUGGUAGAAAUCAUCGUCGAAAAUGUGCAAGACGUGUUUAUCAAUGCAAUAAACGGGAAGGCAUUCAUGUCGAAGAUGUUACACUACGUAAUAUGGGAUAACAAGAACCUAUCUGAAGUUGUACGCUGUCUCAUGGGAUAUCAACAUGAUAUUUCUUCCUAUCGAUCCAAUGGCAGAGCAGUGGACUGGCUAUUCGUGCUGCAUACAUUGAAGUUUUUACUCUGGACUCCAAAGGCUACUAAACAGUGGACAAUUAAUGAACCAAUUGGGGAAUUUGCUAUUGUACUUUGUUAUCAAAAGAAUUUUUGUCUGGAUAAUGCACUACAUUUUACAAAUUAUUUUUUACUUUAGUUUUUUUUUCAUCUUGCAUCAGAAGAGCAUUUAACGUAAAACAUAUUUAUUUCUAUUUAAAGACUUUAUUGUGCAUUUUACUAUUUUACUUCAAAUUAUUCCUUGCAAGAGAAAUGUUUAUACUAUUCACAUUAAGUAUCUUCUCAUAUAACAGUUCGUAAAUAGUUUUGCAUUAUCUAUAAUUUGUGUGUGGACAAUAUAACAUUAUACUGAAAUUAAACUAAUAAUUUUGCAAAAGAUACGCAGUUACUUGCUCGUCACAAUGACGAGAUCGUAUACAUAAAAUCGCACAUUCUUUACGUGUGGUUUAAUAUCUAGUAGAUAGUUGAUAUUGAUUUCUUAUGAAUUUAUCGACAUUUGUACAAUCAAAAAUUGAUGGCAAAAAUCAUGGAUUAUACAUGAUUAAGGGAUAUUAUUAUAUAUUUUUUUUAUUUAAUAAUUUUUUUAUUUAAAUUUAACUUCUGUAACAUAAAUCAGCGAAAAAAGAAUUAAACUGAUUUCUUAUCUUGAAUGAAUAUUGAUAUUUGGAACGUGUUCUUUGGCUAUCAGUGUCACGAUUAUUAUUAUUUCUGCAGUAUAGCGUUUGAUCUGAUUUUAUAUGCAUAAUAUAUAUUUGUUAUGCAUUGUAUAUUAUAUUUCCACAAUUGUAUGCUUGAAAAUAUGCACAAAAUCCUACAUAUAUAAAAUUAUUUAUAAAUAUACAAAAUUUUGAUUGCGACAUUUGUGAAGAUAUAUUUUAAGCUUGUUUUUUUUUUCUUUUUAAAACUUUAACAGUUUUGUCAAAAAUGACAUCACGGUUACGUGGUUCGAUAUUAUACAUACGAAAUUAAAAUAUUAGUGUCGCGAAACACAUACGGUUACUUGCUCGUCGCAAUGACGAGAUCAUGUACAUGAAAUUGCGCAUUCUUUACGUGUGUCGCAAAAGCCAAGUAUCUUGACGUAAAGUGGUUUAAUACCUAUAUAGAUUAUAUAAUAUUUAGUUGAUAUUGAUAAUUUCUUAUGGAUUUAUCGACAUUUGUACAAUUGAUAGAGAACGUAGCAC